CAGGUUUUGUGUAAUCACAAGAGCUGCUUCCUAUUUCACUUCUCGGAGCACGUCAGGAUUCCAGAAUGAAUCAGAACCCAACCGGACCUUCAGGAACAGUUGAGACUUUGGCCGAUGUCCCCCAGCACAUCCUCCAAGGGCUCCCGGAGGAAGUGAGGCUCCUCCCGUCCACUGUGGACAAGGCCCGGCUUGGUGUCUGGGCCACAAAGCCCAUUUUCAGAGGCAGGAAGUUUGGCCCCUUCGUUGGCGACAAGAAGAAAAGGUCCCAAGUCAAAAGCAAUGUGUACAUGUGGGAGGUCUACUACCCAAACUUGGGGUGGAUGUGUGUGGACGCCACGGACCCUGCGAAGGGGAACUGGUUGCGUUAUGUGAACUGGGCGCGUUCAGGAAAGGAGCAGAAUCUUUUCCCCUUAGAAAUCAAUCGGACCAUUUACUACAAAACAUUAAAGAAAAAGGCCCAGGAGGCUAAGAACAGAGGGAAGAAAGCCAGGGACAGGAAGCGGAAGCCUCCCCUGGAGGGUCUCAGCCCUUUCGACAUGAGGGAGACCAAGGAAGGCCAGAAGCCGGAGGAUGAAGCCCCAGCGGUUUCCGUGGUGUUGCCCCUUGACCAGGCCGCCAUCAUCCAGGAGAUGGUGAAUCAGGACGUGCUCCCCAGCCUGCUCAUCUCCAGUGCAGCCUCCGAGCUGCCCACCAUGCAUGAGGACCAGCCGGAAGCCCUCCUGUGUGGAUCAAAGGUUUUGGAAGAGGGUCCGGAGCGGCGGGAGGAGCGGGACGAGGAAGAAGAGCAGGAGCCCCUGGAGGAAGCGGGAGAGGAAGAAGACGAGGAAGAGCCGCAGGAGGAGGAAGAGGAGGACGAGGAGAGCUUGUCGAAAGACCAUCCAGACGUGGAAUCGGGAUCGGGAUGUGGGGACCGGCUGGUGGAAUCUGUGGAGGAGCAGAGCAGCCUCUCCGAAGACUCCCCCGAAAGCUCCCCCAAGAAGAAGCCCUCAGGGAAGUGUCCCAAGGCCAGAGGGGAGCCCAGCACCCAGGGGGGGGCGCCCAUGUUCCCCUGCCAACACUGCGAAAGGAAGUUCACCACCAAGCAGGGCCUGGAGCGCCACGUACAUAUCCACAUUUCAGCCAUCAGCCACGCCUUCAAGUGCCGCUACUGUGGCAAGGCCUUCGGCACGCAGAUCAACCGUCGGCGUCACGAACGGCGCCAUGAGGCCGGGCCCAAACGGAAGCUGCUCUCGCCCUUGGCCUCUGCCCAGCUGCCCGGGGCAACCAGCACCCCGGUUGCCGAAGGGGGUGUCCCGAAUGAAGCCAAGGCCAGGCAGGAGGGCCCUGCCCCGGAGGCCGAGGGAGCCGCUUCCAAAACACCGCCUUUGGAGGAGAGCAAGGAGCCCAAGGAAUCGCACCCGUGCCAGUACUGCAGGAAGGUUUUCGGCACCCACACCAACAUGCGUAGGCACCAGCGGAGGGUGCACGAGCGGCACCUCAUCCCCAAAGGGGUCAGGAGAAAACCGGAGGAGCCCCAGGCUUCCGUGGGCCCGGCCCAGCACGCCCCCAGCACAUACCUGGCCAGCACAGACCUGGAGGAGGAGGAGGAGGAGGAGGAGGGAGAGGCUGACGACGUCAUGGACGUCUCCAGCAACAUCUCGGAGAAUCUCAACUACUACAUCGACGGCAAGAUCCCGUCCAACAGCAGCACCAGCAACUGCGAGGUGAUUGAGAUGGAGCCUGGCGCCACUGAGGUCUUCGGCAUCAACUGCCUGCUGAAUCCCGUGACGGUGGAGAUCUCCCCCAACGUCAAGGCGGUGCCGGUGCAUCUGGUGGAGGAGUCGAAGGAGUCCCCUGUGGGCGGGACCCCCGAGGCCAAAAAGAGGAGAACAGCGAGCCCCCCGCUGCUGGCCAAGGUGAAGACGGAAACGGAGCCGGAGCCCAUCACCUCGCUGUGUUCUUUGACGAUUCCCCUCACCCUCUCGACCGUGGAGAGCCUGCCCUUCCCCAGGGAGAAAAGCGUCUAUUUAUCCUCCAAGCUGAAGCAGCUUCUUCAGACGCAGGACAACAGUAAGGGGGCCCCCUCUCCCCCGUUGCCGGUGGGGGAGAUCCCAAAGCUGGGGCUCCCCGCGGCCUCCUCCCCUCUCCUCCCGGCCAGCUCCAGCAGGUUCAAGCGCCGUACCAGCUCCCCGCAGCACAGUCCGGGCCUUCGGGAGCCUGGGAAAGCCGGUGAGGGCAAGGCCCCUUGGACCGAGGUGGCCCUGAGUGCGAAGCCUCCCAAGCUGGAGAGACGGAGCAACUCCCCCGCGUGGAGCCUGUCCGGGAGGGAGGAGAGGGAGGCGCCGAAUCCAGAGGAAUACAAGGCCUCCAGGGAGUGGGCGCCAAGCCCCCCCUUUGGGAACGUCUGCAACCAGCAGCCCCUGGACCUCUCCAGCAGCGUGAAGCAGCGGUUGAGCGGGAAGAACCGGGCCCAGGCGCCCUGGGAGUCCGUGCUCGAUCUCAGCGUGCACAAGAAGCCGUGCGGCGAUGGAGAGGGCAAGGAGGCGGCUCCGCCAGCAGGGGGCGCCGUCAAGAAGAAGCCCACCACCUCCAUGUUGCAGAAGGUCCUGCUCAACGAAUACAACGGGACGGGCCUGGGGCCUGAAAACCCCCCCUCCCCAGGCACGAGCCCUAGGCCGAAUGCCUGCAAAGUAGUCGAAGCCCCAGAGCCUCAGCAGGGCCCGGCUCCCUCAGCCCCAGGAGCAGAGUUGGGCUGCUGUGGCCCCACCACCACUGAGGUGUCUUUGCCGCCCCCCUCGACUUCCCCGGCCCCAUCGGCCUCUCCCUCCCAUCCUCCCUGUCCUCCCAUGCUCCAGGCCCCCACGCCUCCCCCUCCUCUCCUUCCCACUAUCCCUUCGCCCCUCCCGGAAGACCCCGGCAGCAGUAACCCCCCGAGCUCCUGCCCCUCUCCCCUGUCCAAUGCCACGGCUCACUCCCCAUUGCCCAUACUUUCCCCCACUGUCUCGGCCUCCCCUCUUCAUUCUGUAGAGCCUCUCGGCUGCGCUUCACCCGGGCCCCCCACUCUCUCUUCCUCCUCCCCCUCCCCCNGACACUGGUGGGCGAAACGUUUCCCUGUCCAGAUUCCCUUGGGCUGGAUGAGAGACUUUGGGGUUUGGUGGUGGAUGACCAGCUCCCCGCAGAGGACGGUGCAGCCCCCAGGAGAGGCCGUCCAUCUGGGGGGGGAGAUGACAGCAGAGUGGGCAAGAGCCCCUUCCUUUCCCCUCCUUGUAAAGCAGAACUGA